AUGGACGUUCCGUGGCAAGGCAUCACCACUGACUGGACCUCUAUGAACUCCAGUCGCGGCCAUUAUGCGGACAUCCUGGUGAUGGUCUCCUACCUCCUGUUGGUCCUGGGCGUUGGGCUGUGGCCCCCAAGCCACUGUCCCUUUGCCAGUGCCCAGGAUGAGUACCUGCAAGCUCUACUAUCAAACAGCCGUGGGACUGUAGAAGAAUUCUUCCUGGCUGGCCGAAAUCUAGCAUGGUGGCUGAUAGGUGCUUCUCUUUUUGCCUCGGAUGUUGGCCCUACCCACUUUGUGGGCCUGGCUGGGACAGGAGCUGCUUCAGGGAUUGCUGUUGUGGCCUUCGAGUGGAAUAGUCCAUUUAUGCUCUGUCUUCUUGGUUGGAUAUUUUCUCCUAUUUACAUUAAGGCUGGGGUAGUGACAACACCAGAAUAUUUGAGGAAGAGGUUUGGUGGCUACCGGAUCCACUUCCUCCUUGCUGUUCUGUACUUGUUCCUCUGUUUCUUCCAUAAGAUCUCAGUGGAGAUCUGCACUGGUGCCAUGUUCAUGAAGAUGAUUUGGGGGUUGGAUGUUUACCUGGCCACCGCAGUCUUGCUGACAAUCACUGGCAUUUAUAUGAUCACAGGUGGUUUUAUAGCUGUGGUUUAUACUAAUGCAUUACAUGCUGUCUUUACUCUUCUGGGAUCACUCGUGCUAACGGGCUACGCCUUUAAAGAAGUGGGAGGAUACCAGGGGCUGCAGCAUAGUUAUUUAAAUGCUAAGCCAAGCAUAGUCCAGGAGGGAAACUGGACUGCCAAGCCACAGUGCUACCUCCCUCGCCCGGAUUCUUUCCAUAUCUUCCGACAUCCCGUCACUGGAGACCUCCCCUGGCCUGGAGUCAUCCUUGGCAUCCCCAUCCUCUCCUUAUACUACUGGUGCACGGAUCAGGUUUUUGUCCAGAGGUGCUUGGCAGGGAGGAGCAUGUCUCACGUGAAGGGUGGCUGUGUCUUUUGUGGGUACUUGAAGCUGCUGCCCAUGUUCAGUAUUGUGAUGCCCGGAAUGAUCAGCCGCGUCCUGUACACAGACAAAGUGGCGUGUAUCACACCUUCUGAAUGUAGAAAGCACUGUGGAACCCUAACUACUUGCAGCCUCAUCGCCUACCCACUGCUGAUAGUGGAGCUGCUGCCCAGAGGUGUACGAGGCUUGAUGCUAUCUGCAAUGUGGGCUUCUCUCAUGUCCACCCUGUCUUCUGUUUUCAACAGUGCCAGCACCCUCUUCACAAUGGACAUCUAUACCGGGAUACGGCCUAUGGCCACUGAAAGGGAACUCAUGGUAACAGGAAGGUUUUUUGUUAUAAUCUUACUUGCUGUCACCAUCACCUGGAUCCCUAUUAUUCAAACAAUACACAGUGAACGGCUGUUUGAGUACAUUCAGGCAGUUAGGAGUUACCUGGUGCCACCCAUUUCUGCCACCUUCGUGCUUGCCAUAUUUUGCAAGAGAGUCACAGAGCAGGGUGCCUUCUGGGGGCUGGCUGGUGGAUUCCUGAUUGGCUUCAUUCGAAUGGUGUCUGAGUUUGCCUACGGACGCAGUACCUGCUUAGCAAACAGCAAGUGCCCUCGGUUCAUCUGUGGCAUACACUACCUCUAUUUUUCCAUAUUCCUCUUUAUACUCACUGUCGUCAUCGUCCUGGGGAUCUCCUUAGUCACAGACCCAAUUCCGGAUAAACACCUCCACCGGCUCUGUUGGAGUUUACGAAAUAGCCAAGAGGAAAGGGUAGAUCUGGAUGCAGCAAUGCAAGGGAAGAGAAUUGCUCUACGAACACAGCCAGAAUUAUUAAGAGAGAGCCGGGCCUGCUUCUGGAAGGCUUUGGACAUAAUAUGUGGCCUGGAGCCGAUUCCAGGCUCCAGACUGAUCCCAGAAAAGGUAACCAUGGAGAAAAUGAAGGAGCAUGGUGCCACAUCUGAAGAGACAGUGCACUGUAACAAGCUGGAGUCACCAUUCUGGAGAAAAGUUAUUGAUAUCAGUGCACUCCUCUUGCUACUAGUCACUGUCCUGUGCCACAUCCUCUACCACUAG